GGUAUUGUUGCGACAGUGGGUGAUUUCUGUCAGAUUUGACUGUGAUUUUCCGCGGAUGAAUACGUAAAACAGCAUCUUUUUCAUCAGUUGGUGAUAAUUUCCACGUUACGUCAAAGGUGCGUGGGUGACAUUUUGGUUAGAGAAUAAGCCGCAACCAGCAAACAAAAUUCAACAUGUCGUCCGACGUAGGUAUGGAUGAGAACGAAAGGAAAAUAGUGAACGAAUUCUGUCAUCUACUGGAGAAAUCAAAGCAGCUUUUCAACGGCCUCAGAGAUCUGCCUCAGUAUGGACAUAAGCAGUGGCAGGCAUAUUUCGGACGGACUUUCGAUGUGUACACAAAGCUUUGGAAGUUUCAGCAACAGCACAGGCCUGUGCUUGAUGGAAAGUAUGGACUUAAGCGAUGGCAGAUUGGGGAGAUUGCAUCAAAGAUAGGACAACUUUACUACCACUAUUACCUACGUACCAGCGAGACUAAUUAUCUGAACGAAUCUUAUUCGUUUUAUGCCGCUAUUCGAAUGAGAGCGUACUACUCCAAAGCAGCUAAAGAUGACAGACCAGACCUGAUGGUGAAGAAACUACGCUAUUACGCCCGCUUCAUUGUGGUGUGCUUGUUACUGAAGAAAAUGAAACUAGUCAGAGACUUAGUGAGGGAAUUGGCCAAACAGAUUGAUGAUUACACAACAACAUAUGAGCCAGAGGACCAAAUGGAAUGGAAUCUAGUACUGGCGGAGAUCAAGGCUUUUAUUGAGGCUGAUGGGAUGCUGAGUGUGGUAGACGUGGACUCUUCCCCAGUGGUGUUGUCUUAUCGUCUGACGCCCUUGAAUACCCCACCCCUGGAGAAGGGCACACCCAUGUACUUAACCCUGCAGGAGAUCCUCAUUGUGGGAAACUGUCACGAACAGGUGAAGUUCAGUGAGCUGACCCUGGACAUGUUCCGCAUGUUACAGACGUUAGAGAGAGAACCACAGGAGGAUUUGUCCACACAGAUCUACGACACAUCCCCAGCCCCGGGCAAACAACCUUUUUCUUUACAGCUUUUCCAGGAAAAUGGUGACCGGUUAUCAAGACGAGAGAAUCCCCACAAGUAUCUAUUAUACAAACCCACCUACGGUCAACUCAACACCUUUCUUGCCUCCGGCUUCAAAGAGCUCCCACCCAAUGGUGCAAUGUUGCUGUACAUAUCUGCUGAUGGUUGUCAUGGUAACGCCAAACACACGGAUGAUGCUGCCUAUGACCUUGGAGGAGUUGUCACAAAUAGCAGGCGAGAUUUGGAGUUCAACAACAAAGGCAAGCGGCCUGGUAGUCUUAAAGAGCACCACUGUCUUCACCCCGGUGACCUUUAUCCUUACACCAGAAAACCCUUAUUCCUCAUCAUUGACAGUGAUAAUAGUUCAUCCUUCCAGAAUUUUCCCAACCUGUUUGGCCAGCCAGUUGUGUGUUUGUUGUCCCCAGAGCAGACUCCCACAACGCUACAAGACCAACACCAGAAGGGAAACCUGUUUACCUUGUUCCUUCACAGCCCCCUGACUGCCUUCUGCUACAUCUGUAAUAUCAUUGAGAUUCCCAUCCUCAUGUGGGACAAGUGUCAAGGUCAUAUAGACAAGUUCAUGAGUGAGGCCAGCAAACUCUUCGCCAGGUCCAGAAAAUUAGACCAUGCCUUCAUGCAGUUUUUUGGCGAUGACUUCCUCCGUCUUCUGCUGUUAAGAUUUGUCCUGUGUUAUUGUGUGCUUAUAAACCAUCGUGGCUUCAAGGGUACCGUCUACUAUCCUCUGUCCCACCCUGCCCUACCCACCGAUGAAAUUCUGGAACACCCAAGCCUCGUUAAGAUCGUGCUGGAUUUGGCCAACACGCUAGAUGUGAGGGGACUGUUCUCCGAGCCGGGGGAGGCGGACAUGCAUACGUCGUCAUGACAACAACAGUUCUCGCCGGAGUUUGUCUAGGCAGUAUAGUAUGGAUUUAAGGUUCACAAGGCCGCGUGUACAACAACAACAACAACAACGUACUGCAUGGUCAUGGCGUGAGUCAGACAACACUCCAGCAAGGAAAAUUAACCAAAGCAUCAACAACAACACGACCACCGAUGGCAGUAAUGGUUUUGAUGAUCAUGAGAAUAUGUCUUGGCCAUGCAAUAUUGAUCUCAAAACCACAGCAACAACAACAAAACGAUAUCGAUAACUAAAGCAUGUCCCGACUACC